ACGCCACCUCCACAAGUAGAUCAGAAUGAGCGAAGAAGAAUCCAAGAAGGGACUUAGUAAGGCCCCUACUGUUGACGAUGACGCUGCUACAAUUGUUGGAGCAAACGAUUCAAAUCCGGCGAGUCUUGUGUACAUACCGGAAGAUCACCUGUUUGCUCACGAAUCCACAACUUUAAUUGACGGGCAAGCUGGAUCGUCAUCCAAGAUGGGAAGUCUUGGAGCACGUCGGUCUGCCAUAGAGAUGGACUCAUCUCUUCAAAAAAUCAAAUAUAACGAAAACAAAGUUUCAUUGGAUAGAGCCAUAAAUCAAACAAUUGAGCUUUUGUACGAACUUACCGAGGAGAACAAAGAAAGACCAGUUUUUUACCCAGCCAACACUGAGGACGAUGGAGAUGUGAUGCUUAACUCGAAGAAGGCUCACCUUGCGUUAGUUCGUAAGAACGUAUCCGUCAAGCAACUUGGCAAGGCCAAGAUGUUAGAUGACGAUGACGAAGGUAAGAUUCCAGACUUUAGAGUCCUUCGACUCAAUGUGAAAAUGGGCCAUCAGAAGAACAAUAGUGAGAGUUUGAUGGCUGCUUUAGAUAAGCAAGCCAUUGCAAAGUUGUUGGAACAACAAUUGCAACUGCAAGUGAAGUAUCUCUUGAAUCUCAAGGAUAGAGUAGAUGACACCUCUUCCAAAGUAUUUGUCACAGGUGACCUUAACGCAGGAAAAUCUACUUUUUGUAAUGCCUUGCUUCGUAGAAAGCUUUUACCAGAAGAUCAACAACCAUGUACCUCAGUUUUUUGUGAAGUAAUUGAUGCUAAAAGAGAAAACCGUGGUAUUGAAGAAGUACAUGCAAUUCCAAUUGGUGUCGAGUACGACAUCAGGGAUGAAUCUUCAUACGAUAUCCACCCAGUGAAAGAAUUGGAAGAUUUGGUUUAUGAAUGUGAUAGAUAUAGUAUUCUUAAGGUUUAUGUAUUGGACCAAAGAGCUGCCCACGAAAGUUUAUUAAGUAACGGAGUGGUCGAUGUCAAAUUGAUUGACGCACCAGGUCUUAAUAUGGACCUGUACCAGACAACUCAAGUAUUUCUGAGACAAGAGGAAAUUGACUUGGUGGUGUUUGUAGUGAAUUCAGAAAACCAUUUCACAUUAUCGGCCAAGGAAUUUAUUGCUGCUGCAGCUGCCGAAAAACGAUAUGUAUUCAUUGUGGUGAAUAAGUUUGACAAUAUCAAGGAUAAGAACAAGUGUAUGGCCAAGAUUCUUGACCAAGUGAAAGGAUUGUCCCCUGACACUCAUAAGAAUGCCAAAGAAUUUGUUCAUUUUGUUAGCUCAUCAGGAUUUGAGGAUCCAGAUGGAGGUGACGAUGAUAAUAACAAUAAUAAUGAUGAUGACCCAGAUUUUGAUCAUUUAGAAGCUUCUUUGAGAAAGUUCCUUCUUGAUAAACGGUCGAUCUCAAAGCUUCUUCCAGCAAAGAGUUACUUGAAGAAUUUAUUAAACGAUUUGAAGGUUCUUUCUGAAUUAAACGAAAAAGUCUAUGAACAAGAAAAGCAAGAUAACUUAGCGCAAUUAAAUAAUCAAAUUGCUCCACAAUAUGAUGAAAUUUUGAUGAAGAGUGUCAAGAUCAAUGACUCCAUUAACAGCGCCAUUGAGAAUAAAUGCACUGAUAUCUAUAAUCGUUCUAAGCAAGAAAUUCAAACAACUAUCGAGGAAUUCGGUGAUAAACAAGUUGUUCCAUACUUAGGGUUGCAAUAUCUUUAUGAAUAUGCUGUUCGUACCCAAAGAGCAAUGAUCGAAACGGUAUUAUCUUCGGUUCAAUAUUGUGAAGAUAACGCAAAGAUUUCAACCAGUGAAAUGGUUGAAGAGGUGACCAAGAUUGGACAGAAGAAUUUGGGUGACGAGUUCUUAAGUAAUAAGGUUUUUAAGUCGGACUUGAUGUUCACCCGGAAACGUGAUACAUUUGCCAAGAAGCUUGAUGAUCUGAUUGAAGUUCUGGAUUUCUUUGACCCUAACUUUGAUUCAUUUGUGGUAUGGUUGGGCAUCCCUUCCGAAAUUGUUUCUAAUGUUAGCAACCAAGUAAGCUACUUCAAUCCUGUUGGAUUACUUACAAGUAUUCCUACUUCUGCACUUUCAUUGAAGAACCAAAUUCCAUCACAACUCACACUUCACACCGUUUACUCAUCCACUAAGUUAUUGACUAUUGGGGCUGUGGCUCGUAAGUUGUAUUCCCUUACCACUUUUGUCAAUACAAAUACAAUCAAGAGGCUCGGUGUUCCUAUUAUUUUAGGAGCAACAGGUUUGGCUGUAUGCUACUUGGUCUACGAUAUCCCCAAUGCAUUCCCUCGUAAACAGGCUCGGAAACUCCGUAAACAAAUGCUUCAAUUGGACUACCCACAUUUGAAUGCAUACAGAAUAUCACAAGAAUGUAGACAAGUUCUUAGCUACCCAGCCAGACAAGUUAUGACAAAUUUCCAAACUAGUAUCGAUAAAAGAUCAGUUGAAAAGGAGAGAAUUGAAAAGAACAUUGCAGAUGCUGACUUGAGUUACGGUUACUUCCGUGAUCUUUUGAAAAAGAUUCAACACCAACAAAAGUAUGUUGAUGAUAUUGACCUUGAGUCUAUUAACUUAGUGGAGUAGAGGAGAAUGAGAUUAUGACGGUAGGUUGUUAUGGCAAUGGUACCAUAUGGUCACGAAGGGAAAUGGGAGUUAGAAGCUGAAAAUACUACAGUCCUUGCUUUUGCCUACACAAUGGAAGUACCUACUUUCUUAGAUUUAAAAUUUUAUUAGUUGUUUUUGAUUUGUUAUG